GUUCAGAAAUAAUUCAGAGGGGAGAAGAAAAGGGGGCGGUUAGGGUUGAAAUGCCAGGGUGGUUACUACAGUUGUUUCUUCAGAAUCAUUUUUUAGUUUGAACAGCGAGGGAUUCCAGGGGGGAGGAACAACAACAACAACAACAAAAAAUAAUGGGGAAGUCUGAGAUUGUUGCAAAAAUGGUGGAAGCGGAUCGUCCGGGGAAGUUAUUUAUAGGAGGGCUCAGUACAGAAACCAAUGAAAAAGGCCUUGAAUCAGUUUUUGGGAAAUAUGGCCGUAUAGUAGAAGUUCUUUUGAUGAAAGAUCGAGAAACCAACAAAUCCAGAGGCUUUGCUUUCGUUACUUUUGAGAGUCCAGCUGAUGCCAAAGAUGCUGCAAGAGACAUGAAUGGAAAGUCCUUAGAUGGAAAAUCAAUUAAGGUGGAACAAGCCACCAAGCCAUCUUUUGAAAGUCGUGGUAGGCGAGGGCCACCACCCCCUCCAAGAAGCAGAGGUCCUUCAAGAAGUCUUAGAGGUGGAAGACGAGGAAGUGGUGGAGCAAGAGGGCCACCUCGUGGAGGGCAUUUGGAUGACAGUGGAUAUUCUCUUCAUUUCAAUGUGGGUUCUUCCAGGGGACCAGUCCCAGUUAAAAGGGACCCACCUUCACGAAGUGGAGGUCCUCCACCUAAAAGGUCUGCACCUUCUGGACCAGUACGUAGCAGUAGCGGAGUGGGAGGAAGAGGUCUAGUAUCUCAUGGAAGAGAUAGCUAUGGAGGUCUUUCACGAAGAGAACCAAUGUCAUCACGCAGAGAUGUGUAUAUGUCACCAAGAGAUGAUAGUUACAGUACUAAAGAGAGUUAUUCAAGCAGAGAUUAUACAAGUUCUCGGGAUUCCAAAGAUUAUGCUCCAACUCCAAGGAACUAUACAUACCGUGACUAUGGCCAUUCUAGCUCCCGUGAUGAGUACACAUCUAGAGGAUAUAGUGACCGUGAUGGGUAUGGUGGAGGUCGUGAUAGAGACUAUUCAGAUCGCCCAAGUGGAGGGUCCUACAGAGAUUCUUAUGAGAGUUAUGUACCUGCAGGUAACUCCCGCAGUGCUCCAACUGCUCGAGGGCCUCCUCCCUCUUAUGGGGGAAGUAGUCGCUAUGAGGAUUAUUAUAGCAGCACACGAGAUGGAUAUGGUGGAAGCCGUGAAAGUUACUCAAGUAGCCGAAGUGAUAUUUAUUCAAGUGGUCGUGAUCGUGUUGGCAGACAAGAGAGAGGGCUUCCUUCUUCAAUGGACAGGGGAUAUCCUGCCCCUCGUGAUUCAUACAGCACUUCCAGCCGUGGAGCACCAGGAGGUGGUGGCCGUGCAGGAAGCCGAUCUGAAAGAGGAGGCAGAAACAGAUACUAAAAGAAACAGGAGGGUUUUUUUUUUUUCAACUCAAAGAAAUUAAGCAUUGAGUUUAGUGGUAGGGAACUACUAACGACUAAUUUCGAGUUAUCCUCUAAACAUUGUUUUAAAGGUUUGAAAAUAGUUCACAUUUCUUUCAUGCAGUAAAUUAUAAAACUUGCUGUUAGUGGUGUU